UAAAGACACGGCUAAUUCUUCAAGCUCACGGAUUUCUCAGUACGAAACCUAAUCCAAAUAAUUACUCUAUUCCUCUCUACAAGUUUCGAUACGUGCAAGAAAGAGAGACAAACAAUUACAUGGAAGAAGAUAGAAGAAGGAGAAGCAGAGGGCAUCAUCUGUUGAGAUCGAAGAAGAGGCAAGGAGGCUAUUAUAACCAUGGUUUCUCAUCGUCUCAGAUUCAAUCUCUCGCCGUCAUCUGUCAAACUCUCCUCCCUCCUCCUCCGCCGGUGACCACGACGGAGCAGCAAGCUCUCGAUUCCUUCAACGUAGCCUCCCGUGCGCAACCACCAUUCUCUGAUGAGGUAGCGGAGAUGAUAGUGAAAAACGGACGAUCACAAGCAGUGAAGAUCUUGAGAAUCAUAUUGACGAUUCUAUCAUUCAGAUUUGGAACUUUAUUGCUUUGUGGCUCUCUCUGUCUUGAUAAGGAUUGGCCUUUUGUCCAUAAAUUCUCUGAACUUCCAUUGGAUAAAAGAGAAGAGGUCCUGAGGAAAUGGUCGAGACAAAGUGGAUUCCUUCUUCCGCUUCGAAUCACUUUCUUCCUUACAAAAUUCUACACUCUCUUCUACUUUUUCUCCCAGACUGAUGAGAAUCUCAAGAAUCCUGCAUUGGAAGCGAUAGGGUAUAGCAUAGCCACGACAGAGACAAGUAGCAACAAGACGAGGAAAGAAGAAGGAACACGACGACCUCUCGAGGCAGGGAUCAUUGAGACUAAGCACGAGACUGACAUUACCAUCACACAAUCUCUAAUCGAAAAAGGUGUUCAUGUAGCUAGAGACGAUGAUAACGGUGUGCACAGGAUCAGAUGCGAUGCGGUUAUUGUAGGCUCAGGAAGCGGAGGAGGUGUAGCAGCUGCAAACCUUGCGAAAGCCGGAUUAAAAGUAUUGGUCCUAGAGAAAGGAAACUACUUUGCAGCUCAAGACUAUUCAGCUCUUGAAGGUCCGUCUAUGCAAGAGCUAUACGAGAAAGGCGGGCUUAUGACAACAGUUGACGGAAAAUUCAUGAUCUUGGCCGGUUCAACUGUUGGAGGAGGUACAGCGGUUAACUGGUCAGCAUCAAUAAGAACACCGGAUCAUGUUCUGCAAGAAUGGUCGGAAAGGAGCAAGAUCGAGUUUUUCGGUAGCCAAGAAUACCAAUCUGCAAUGGAUGAAGUUACUAGAAGAAUCGGAGUCACUGAAAGAUGCGUGAAAGAAGGGUUUCAGAACCAAGUUCUGAGAGAAGGGUGCGAGAGACUCGGCUUGAAGGUAGUGUCGGUUCCAAGAAACUCACCGGAAGAUCAUUAUUGCGGUUCUUGCGGGUAUGGUUGUAGAGAAGGAUACAAGAAUGGGACAGACCGAACCUGGCUGGUUGAUGCCGUAGAGAAUGGUGCAGUGAUCUUGACAGGAGUCAAAGCUGAGAGAUUCAUACUAGUUGAGAAUACCAACAGUGGCAACGAGAGAAAGAAACGGUGCGUGGGAGUGAUCGCGAGCUCUGUUGGAGGAAAGAUGGAGAAGAAGUUCAUGAUCGAAGCUCGAGUGACGGUUUCAUCGGCUGGUUCGCUGUUGACACCGCCUCUGAUGCUUUCGAGUGGGCUAGAGAACCGGAACAUUGGGAGGAACCUAAGGCUGCACCCGGUUCUAAUGACAUGGGGAUACUUCCCGGAGGAAAGUUCAGAGUUCUCGGGGAAAAUGUACGAAGGAGGGAUCAUCACGUCCGUCCAUCAUAUAAACGAUGGUGAAAAGGGUUGCAGAGCGAUACUUGAGAAUCCAUUGAUAGGACCAGCUUCGUUUGCAGGGUUAAGCCCGUGGGUUUCAGGAGCAGACCUUGAGGAGAGGAUGAUGAAGUACGGAAGGACAGCUCAUGUGUUUGCUUUGGUUCGGGACAAUGGCUCAGGGGAAGUUAUGAAAGAAAGCGAGGUUAGAUACAGGACGAGCAAGAAAGAUAAGGAGAAUCUGAGGGUAGGGAUACGACAAGCUUUGAGGGUUUUGGUUGCAGCAGGUGCAGUUGAAAUCGGAACAUAUAGGAGCGAUGGACAGAGGAUGAAGUGUGAGGGAGUUACAAGAGAAGCAGUGGAAGAGUUUCUAGAUAGAGUUGAUGCUGAUGGUGGAGUAAGCACGAAUAGAGAGUACUGGACUACUUACUUCUCUGCACACCAGAUGGGGAGUUGCAGGAUGGGACACACGGAGGAGGAAGGAGCGGUGGAUGAGAACGGAGAGAGCUGGGAAGCAGAAGGAUUGUUUGUCUGCGAUGGAAGUGUGUUGCCUUCUGCUGUUGGUGUAAACCCAAUGAUCACCAUUCAAUCUGCUGCUUACUGCAUCUCCAAAAGGAUAGUUGACUCUCUGCAAAGGCAAAAAAACAAGGAAAGAUUAUAGAGAAACAGAAGUGAAAAACCAUCCCGGUUCUUGAAAGAUUUUCAGAUUCUGAUUUGUAUUCAUGUGUUGAAUAAAGGAACUAAGUGUUUCUUGCAAGAAAGAUUCUUUUAAGAAUCAUAUAUGAUGAGAACUCAU